AUGAAUAAAUCCGUUGAACUUAUUUCAGAUCCUAUUACGUUUGGAGCUCAAGAUCAACGAGUCUUUAAGCAUGUUGACUUGCCCGUGGUGACAGAUCAGGUAUCAGUGACAUUGCGAUUGAAAAUUUUGAGUCAUAAUCCUAACUGGACUACUAUUUUUCACAAAGGUAACAGUGUUGUGGACUGCACACCUGUGAUUUGGAUAUUUGGAGAGAAACUGAGUGCUUACUUUUCAGACAACCCGGAUAGUUAUGUAGCAAUUGAUUGCUCCACCACUUCCCCACUUGCAUUAAACAAAUGGUACCAUAUAGCCUAUACACUUUCUGAUUCUGAAAAAAGAGCAGAUCUUUACAUAGAUGGUGAAUUGGCCAGGUGCUAUAGCCUUAAUAACGUUAAAACGGACAAGAUUGUGUUCAAUGAUGGACCACUAUCUAUCGGAAAAUCUCACGGCUAUGAUGCGGUUAAUGGAGCAAUCAGUAAUUUUCGUUAUCAUAACUGGCGCUUAUCUGCUAAAGAAGUGAAGGAAGAUUUUAAAGGCGAUAAAAUUAAAGAAUUACUUCAAAAUAACCAACAAUGGUUAAGUGAAAAUAAGGAUAAUAAAGAAUUUUUUGAUAAACUUAAAAAACAAGAACCAAAAGUUCUUUGGAUCGGAUGUUCUGAUUCUCGCGUUCCGCCUGAAAUCAUCACUAAAUCGGGAUUUGGCGAAUUAUUUGUGCAUCGUAACAUAGCAAAUCAAUUCAACCCCGACGAUGCUAAUUGCUUGUCAGUGUUAGAAUAUGCUGUCAAUCAUUUGAAAGUUUCUCAUAUUGUUAUCUGUGGUCAUACAGGUUGUGGCGGAGCAAAAAACUGUUUUGAACCAAGCCUUGAAUCUAAUCUAAAAAAAUGGUUGGAAGGAAUACGUGAAUUGGAAACGAUAAACUCCGAAUUCUCUCACACCAAUCCAAAUUUUGGAACUUCUGAAGUUCAAGACAAAUUGGUCAAGGCUAAUGUUGUGAAACAAGUGGAAAAAAUUAGUAAAAAUCUUCUUGUUAAAUCUGCUAAACAAACAAUACAAAUUCAUGGUUUUGUUUUUGAUUUAAAAGAUGGUUCAUUAUUAAAGGCUACAUAA